GCAGACCGUCGCUAAUGAAUCUUGGGGCCGGUGUCUGGCCGCGGCGGCUUGAUCGGCAACUAGGAAACCCCAGGCGCAGAGGCCAGGAGCCAGGGCAGCGAGGAUCAGAGGCCGGGCCUUCCUGGCUGCCGGCGCUCCUCGGAGGUCAGGGCAGAUAAGGAACAUGACUCUCCCCCUCCGGAGGAGGAAGGAAGUUCCGCUGCCACCUUAUCUCUGCUCCUCUGCCUCCUCCCUGUUCCCAGAGCUUUUUCUCUAGAGAAGAUUUUGAAGGCGGCUUUUGUGCUGACGGCCACCCACCAUCAUCUAAAGAAGAUAAACUUGGCAAAUGACAUGCAGGUUCUUCAAGGCAGAAUAAUUGCAGAAAAUCUUCAAAGGACCCUAUCUGCAGAUGUUCUGAAUACCUCUGAGAAUAGAGAUUGAUUAUUCAACCAGGAUACCUAAUUCAAGAACUCCAGAAAUCAGGAGACGGAGACAUUUUGUCAGUUUUGCAACAUUGGACAAAAUACAAUGAAGUAUUCUUGCUGUGCUCUGGUUUUGGCUGUCCUGGGCACAGAAUUGCUGGGAAGCCUCUGUUCGACUGUCAGAUCCCCGAGGUUCAGAGGACGGAUACAGCAGGAACGAAAAAACAUCCGACCCAACAUUAUUCUUGUGCUUACCGAUGAUCAAGAUGUGGAGCUGGGGUCCCUGCAAGUCAUGAACAAAACGAGAAAGAUUAUGGAACAUGGCGGGGCCACCUUCAUCAAUGCCUUUGUGACUACACCCAUGUGCUGCCCAUCACGGUCCUCCAUGCUCACUGGGAAGUAUGUGCACAAUCACAAUGUUUACACCAACAACGAGAACUGCUCUUCACCCUCGUGGCAGGCCACGCAUGAGCCUCGGACUUUUGCUGUGUAUCUUAACAACACUGGCUACAGAACAGCCUUUUUUGGAAAAUACCUCAAUGAAUAUAAUGGCAGCUACAUCCCCCCUGGGUGGCGAGAGUGGCUUGGAUUAAUCAAGAAUUCUCGCUUCUAUAAUUACACUGUUUGUCGCAAUGGCAUCAAAGAAAAGCAUGGAUUUGAUUAUGCAAAGGACUACUUCACAGACUUAAUCACUAACGAGAGCAUUAAUUACUUCAAAAUGUCUAAGAGAAUGUAUCCCCAUAGGCCCGUUAUGAUGGUGAUCAGCCACGCUGCGCCCCACGGCCCCGAGGACUCAGCCCCACAGUUUUCUAAACUGUACCCCAAUGCUUCCCAACACAUAACUCCUAGUUAUAACUAUGCACCAAAUAUGGAUAAACACUGGAUUAUGCAGUACACAGGACCAAUGCUGCCCAUCCACAUGGAAUUUACAAACAUUCUACAGCGCAAAAGACUCCAGACUUUGAUGUCAGUGGAUGAUUCUGUGGAGAGGCUGUAUAACAUGCUUAUGGAGACGGGGGAGCUGGAGAACACUUACAUCAUUUACACCGCCGACCAUGGUUACCAUAUUGGGCAAUUUGGACUGGUCAAGGGGAAAUCCAUGCCAUAUGACUUUGAUAUUCGUGUGCCUUUUUUUAUUCGUGGUCCAAGUGUAGAACCAGGAUCAAUAGUCCCACAAAUCGUUCUCAACAUUGACUUGGCCCCCACGAUCCUGGAUAUUGCUGGGCUCGACACACCUCCUGAUGUGGACGGCAAGUCUGUCCUCAAACUUCUGGACCCAGAAAAGCCAGGUAACAGGUUUCGAACAAACAAGAAGGCCAAAAUUUGGCGUGAUACAUUCCUAGUGGAAAGAGGCAAAUUUCUACGUAAGAAGGAAGAAUCCAGCAAGAAUAUCCAACAGUCAAAUCACUUGCCCAAAUACGAACGGGUCAAAGAACUGUGCCAGCAGGCCAGGUACCAGACAGCCUGUGAACAACCGGGGCAGAAGUGGCAAUGCAUUGAGGAUACAUCUGGCAAGCUUCGAAUUCACAAGUGUAAAGGACCCAGUGACCUGCUCACAGUCCGGCAGAGCACGCGGAACCUCUACGCUCGCGGCUUCCAUGACAAAGACAAAGAGUGCAGUUGUAGGGAGUCUGGUUACCGUGCCAGCAGAAGCCAAAGAAAGAGUCAACGGCAAUUCUUGAGAAACCAGGGGACUCCAAAGUACAAGCCCAGAUUUGUCCAUACUCGGCAGACACGUUCCUUGUCCGUCGAAUUUGAAGGUGAAAUAUAUGACAUAAAUCUGGAAGAAGAAGAAUUGCAAGUGUUGCAACCAAGAAACACUGCUAAGCGCCAUGAUGAAGGCCACAAGGGGCCAAGAGCUCUCCAGGCUUCCAGUGGUGGCAACAGGGGUGGGAUGCUGGCAGAUAGCAGCAACACCGUGGGCCCACCUACCACUGUCCGAGUGACCCACAAGUGUUUUAUUCUUCCCAAUGACACUAUCCAUUGUGAGAGAGAACUGUACCAAUCGGCCAGAGCAUGGAAGGACCAUAAGGCAUACAUUGACAAAGAGAUUGAAGCUCUGCAAGAUAAAAUUAAGAAUUUAAGAGAAGUGAGAGGACAUCUGAAGAGAAGGAAGCCUGAGGAAUGCAGCUGCAGUAAACAAAGCUAUUACAAUAAAGAGAAAGGUGUAAAAAAGCAAGAGAAAUUAAAGAGCCAUCUUCACCCAUUCAAGGAGGCUGCUCAGGAAGUAGAUAGCAAACUGCAACUUUUCAAGGAGAACCGUAGGAGGAAGAAGGAGAGGAAGGAGAAGAGACGGCAGAGGAAGGGGGAAGAGUGCAGCCUGCCUGGCCUCACUUGCUUCACGCAUGACAACAACCACUGGCAGACAGCCCCGUUCUGGAACCUGGGAUCUUUCUGUGCUUGCACGAGUUCUAACAAUAACACCUACUGGUGUUUGCGUACAGUUAAUGAGACGCAUAAUUUUCUUUUCUGUGAGUUUGCUACUGGCUUUUUGGAGUAUUUUGAUAUGAAUACAGAUCCUUAUCAGCUCACAAAUACAGUGCACACGGUAGAACGAGGCAUUUUGAAUCAGCUACACGUACAACUAAUGGAGCUCAGAAGCUGUCAAGGAUAUAAGCAGUGCAACCCAAGACCUAAGAAUCUUGAUGUUGGAAAUAAAGAUGGAGGAAGCUAUGGCCUACACAGAGGACAGUUAUGGGAUGGAUGGGAAGGUUAAUCAGCCCCGUCUCACUGCAGACAUCAACUGGCAAGGCCUAGAGGAGCUACACAGUGUGAAUGAAAACAUCUAUGAGUACAGACAAAACUACAGACUUAGUCUGGUGGACUGGACUAAUUACUUGAAGGAUGUAGAUAGAGUAUUUGCACUGCUGAAGAGUCACUAUGAGCAAAAUAAAACAAAUAAGACUCAAACUGCUCAAAGUGAUGGGUUCCUGGUUGUCUCUGCUGAGCGCUCUGUGUCAGUGGAAAUGGCCUCUGCUGACUCAGAUGAAGACCCCAGGCAUACAGUUGGGAAAACACCUCAUUUGACCUUGCCAGCCGACCUUCGAACCCUGCAUUUGAACCGACCAACAUUCAGUCCAGAGAGUAAACUUGAAUGGAAUAACGACAUUCCAGAAGUUAAUCGUUUGAAUUCUGAACACUGGAGAAAAACUGAAAAAUGGAUAGGGCAUGAAGGGACCAACCAUCUGGAAACCGAUUUCAGUGGCGAUGGCAUGACAGAGCUAGAGCUGGAGCCCAGCCCCAGGCUGCAGCCCAUUCGCAGGCACCCAAAAGAACUUCCCCAGGAUGGUGGUCCUGGAAAGGACAUUUUUGAAGAUCA